CCAGGAAGAACUCGCGAUGAAGCAAAGUUCAUUUUCGUAUCAUUGCGCGAUUUUUUAUGGAUUGUCUGAUUGCAAAUAAAUCAGAUCAUUUACUGCAAGCAACGAACGAUGACCAGCCACAACGGUGUAAUGGCUUCUUGGCCAGACGAUGUAGGUAUUCUAGCCAUUGAAGUGUAUUUUCCUUCCACGUACGUAGAUCAAAAUAAACUUGAAGAAUAUGAUGGUGUUAGUAAAGGCAAGUACACAAUUGGUCUGGGCCAAACUGGAAUGGGAUUUUGUGGGGAUCGCGAAGACACGAACUCUCUCAGUUUAACUGUAGUUCAUAACAUACUUGAGAAGAAUUCCAUUGACCCAAAGCAGAUUGGAAGAUUAGAAGUUGGUACUGAGUCGAUUUUGGAUAAAUCCAAAUCAGUAAAAACUGUACUGAUGCAACUGUUUGAAGCGAGUGGAAAUUCUAAUAUCGAAGGAGUUGACACAAUUAAUGCCUGUUUUGGAAGUACUCAAGCAUUUUUCAACGCUUUAGACUGGAUGGAGAGCAGUGCAUGGGACGGUCGACUUGCAUUAGUUGUGUGUGCUGACAUAGCUGUUUAUGCUGCUGGCAACGCUAGACCAUCAGGAGGUGCUGGUGCUGUUGCAAUGUUGGUUGGACCCAAUGCUCCGUUAGUAAUAGAAAGAGGCUUACGUUCCGUGUUUAUGUCGCACUGUUACGAUUUUUACAAACCAAAUUUUGAGUCUCAGUAUCCGGUGGUGGAUGGAAAAUUGUCAAUUAAUUGCUAUCUCAAAGCGGUCGAGAAAUGCUACCAUCGUUAUCUGAUGAAAUCUGAGAAAUAUAAUUGCAAAACAAAAGCCAAUGGCGAUUCAUCUCAUUAUGUUAGAUCUAUGAAUGAUAUUGAUUACAUGGUAUUUCAUAGUCCAGUGUGCAAGCUUACGCAAAAGUCACUGGCUCGCUUAAUAUUUCUCGACUUUUUGAGAAGUGACGUCAUCGAUUUGGAUAAAAAAUACGAAACAUUGAAAGAAUUCAGAGAUGUUAAAAUUGACGAGUUGUACGAAGACGAAGUGAAAGCAAAGCAGAUCGAGAAAGCGUCGGUGAACUUUAGUCUGAAAGAAUUUCAAAAGAAAACCAAGCCAUCUCUGACGUUUGCAACCAAUGUCGGUAAUGCCUACACCGCGUCAGUUUAUGCAGGAUUGGGCUCUCUAAUAGCAAGUUUAUCCCCCAACGAAUUGGCCGGGUGUCGAAUCGGAAUGUUCUGUUAUGGCUCUGGUUUUGCAUCAGCAUUCUACUCAAUUAAAGUCUGUUCAGAAUCACAAGAUCCAAAACUCAUCCAGAUUUGCAACAACGUUUCGGAUAUGAAAUCAAAGCUACAAUCAAGACAAUGCCUCGAUCCAGCUGAGUUCGAGCAAACGCUGGAAAUGAGAGAGAAAAAUGCCCACAUGAACGACUAUUCGCCGUCUGGCUCUGUUGAGCAUUUUUGGGACGGAACGUAUUAUCUGCAACAUGUCGAUUCCAAAUACAGGAGAUCUUAUGCUCGUAAAACAAAGCAAGAAGCGAUGAAUAUCAAUGGCAGCAAGAACACUUUGAUCACAAAUGGCCAUUCCUAGUUAUUAUCGAUUUCAGCAAUCUUUUUAUAUCGUAAAUCUGGUGAAAAUAUAAAAAGUGCAAGUUUUGAAAAAAAUUUGCAUGAUUAGGACAACAACUAUUAUUGAAGUAUGUAGAUAAAAAAAAACAUUCUGCGAUUAAAAAUACAAAAAUAAAUUCGUCAAAAUGAUUAA